AUGAAAGAAAUCAACUUAUACAGAUUCAAAGAUAUCAAACCGGUGGUAAGUGCAAAGGAAUUGAUUGAUGUUGUUUUAUCAAGAACACAAAGGAAAACCCCAACAGAAAUACAUAAGGGGUUUAAAAUCACAAGAAUAAGAAAUUUUUAUAUGAGAAAAGUUAAAAUGUGCCAAGAAUUAUUUAAAGAUAAGUUACAAACAAUAAUAAAUGAUUUCCCAAAAUUAGAUGAUAUACAUCCAUUUUAUUCUGAUUUAGCAAAUAUAUUAUAUGAUCGCGAUCAUUAUAAAUUAGCGUUAGGACAAUGUAGUUAUGCAAGUAAAUUAGUUGUAAAAAUAUGCCAUGAUUAUAUUAAACUAUUAAAAUUCAGUUCUUCUUUAUAUAAAUGUAAAAUGCUUAAAAUUAGUGCAUUAGGAAGAAUGUGUAAACUUAUAAAAAAAUUACAGCCUAGUCUAUUAUAUUUAGAAGAAGUUCGACAAAAUUUAUCUCGGCUUCCCUCAAUAAAUCCUCAUAAAAAAACUAUUUUAUUAUCUGGGGCUCCAAAUGUUGGAAAAUCAUCUUUUAUUAAUUAUGUAUCUAGAGCCAAUGUUGAAGUACAACCAUAUUCUUUUACUACAAAAAGUUUAUAUGUAGGUCAUUUUGAUUAUAAUUUAAAUAGAUAUCAAAUUAUAGAUACACCAGGUUUAUUAGAUAGGUCUUUAGAAAAUCGUAAUACUAUAGAAAUGACAACUAUAACAGCAUUAGCUCAUAUUAAUGGUGUUAUAUUGUUUAUUAUAGAUAUUAGUGAAGAAUGUGGAAUGACAAUAAAAGAACAAAUAAAUUUGCUUUAUUCUAUUAAAUCGCUUUUUUCAAAUAAAUCAAUUGUUAUUGGGUUAAAUAAAAUUGAUAAAGGAAGUUUAGACAAUGUUUCAAUUGAAAAUAAAUUGUUAAUUAAAAAAAUAGUUGAUGAUAUAAAAAAAACAGUAAAGUUUUGUUCUUUUAGUACAUUAACUGGAGUAGGUGUUGAAGAAGCUAAAAUAGCAGCUUGUGAGUUAUUAAAGUUGGAUCAAUGCUCAAAUAUUCUUUUAGAUGAACAAAAUAUUAUCAAUAAAAAGCUAGCUGCCAAUAGGGCUGUUGUUAAUAGGACGCCCUUUAUACCUGAAUCAGUCAUAAUUGAAAAAAAAAAAAAAAAACUUGAACAAGGUGUAAAUCCAGAAAUUCAAGGAAAAAUAUCCGACAACACAUUAACAGAUGAACAAAACAAUAAUGCACCAAUUACAAUGCGUGAAAUGAAAUUUAAAAAAAAAAAUAAAAGUAGACAAAGCUAUUUAAGUAAUAGAACAGAUGAUAGAAAAUUGGAAAUCGAUUUACAAAAUGAAAAUGGAGGGGCAGGAGUAUAUUCGGUAGAUAUACGAAAAAAUUAUAGCAUAGAUGAAGAAUAUAAAUAUGAUGUUAUUCCAGAAAUAUAUAAUGGAAAAAAUAUAAGUGAUUUUAUCGAUAUAAAUAUUGAACAAAAAUUAUUAGAAUUAGAAAAGGAAGAAGAAAUGAUGUUUGAUAAUGAUGUUCAAAUUGAUCCAUUAUGGUUUAAGACGAAAAAGGUAUUAGAAAAAAUGGCUAUGAAAUUAAAAGAAUUAAAAUUAAAUGCAAAAUUAAAUGAAGAAAAACAACCUAUAUAUCACAAACGAAAUAAAACAGUUGAAGAAAUAGAAAAGAAAUUAGAUGAAUUAAAUAUUGACAAGAAAAAAGUACUUAAAAGCAUGACUGAAAAAUCGAGGAAAUCCACAAUUAAAUCAAUCAAAAAAGAUAAAGUUAAAAAAUUUAUAUCUAAAAGGAAACAAAUUAAAGAUGAUAUAUAUAAUGAUCCAACACAAAAAUCGAAAAUAUAUCUAAGCACAUCAACCGAAUUACAGAGAAAGAAAGCAUAUAAAUUAAAUAAAGUUGCUUAUAGAAAAAUCGAAAAAGGAACAAAAGGAGAGGCAGAUCGAUCUAUUCCUUCCAAAAAACCAAGACAUCUAUUUUCAGGAAAAAGACCAAUAGGAAAAACAUCAAGAAGAUAA